CAGGACACAAAAGCGCGAGAAAUCUGUUUCACGGAGGACGCCACGAAAAAGUAACACAAAAAGCCAAGUUCAAAGUUGAAGGGUAACAGGUCAUUGUCAAUAUGGCAGCAUGCGUGAGUUCUAGUAAAAUAUUUCUAACCCUUAGAGGUUCUUUAUUUGCCAGCCAUAGAAAAACAUUGUUACCAGCAGCUAGCCUUGUCCAGACGUGGUCCCCUGCAGAUUCAAGAAGGAAUGCCUCCACGCAUGCCUCAAACACCGAAUCAAAGAACAAUGAGACGUACUGCAUUGAUCUCGUUAGGACCCGGGAUUACGAAGGCUUCCUUUGUUCGCUGCUGCUGCCUGCAGAGGCUCGUGGAUCUUCCUUUGCUCUGAGGGCCUUCAAUGUGGAGCUGGCUCAGAUCAAGGAUUCAGUGUCUCAGAAGACAAUAGGGCUGAUGCGCAUGCAGUUUUGGAAGAAAACGUUAGAAGAUAUUUACAACGAUGACCCUCCACCUCAACCUGUUGCCAUAGAACUGUGGAAGGCAGUGAAUAAGCACAAGCUGACAAAAAGGUGGUUCUCUAGAAUCAUUGAAGAACGUGAAAAAGAUUUGAAUGACCGGGCUUACCAAAAUAUUCAAGAGCUUGAAUCUUAUGCAGAGAAUGUUCAGUCGAGUCUGGUAUAUCUAAUGUUGGAAGCACUGGGUAUAAAAGAUGUCCAUGCAGACCAUGCAGCGAGCCACAUUGGGAAAGCUCAGGGAAUAGUUACUUGUCUACGAGCGACGCCAUACAACAGCAGCAGACGCAAAGUCUACCUUCCAAUGGACAUUUGCAUGCUGCACAGUGUUUCCCAGGAGGACUUCAUGCGAGGCAGUCGGGAGACGAACGUCAGGAAUGUCAUUUUUGAUAUUGCAAGCCAAGCACAUGUUCAUUUACAGCAUGCAAGAUCGUUCAACAAAAGUGUACCACCUAAAGCUGCUCCUGCCUUUAUGCUGACGGUUGGAUUGGAGGACUAUUUAGACAAAGUGAGAAAACUGGACUUUGAUGUCUUUCACCCAAGUUUACAGAAGAGAAACCCUCUGCUUCCCAUUAAUUUAUAUAUUCGCUCAUGGAAGAACACAUACUAACUUUAUGUUUUAAACUGUUAUUACUGUAUGACAAUGUAUUACUGUCUGACUGCUGUGAAUUAUAAAUCACAAACAAAUUCUUGUUUUCAUCCCCCCCAAUGGCAUGAUAAAUAUUCCACCACCUCGUUGUCAAAGUGCAAGUGGAAAUCUUACAUGAAAAAUAAGGAGUGAAAGACUUUUUGUUGGUUUGUCACAUUCUGUCCUUAUAUUAAUGAUGCCAGAAUGAUAGCAUUCAAAGCAUUUCUAUUACUAUUUUGAAAACGUUUCAAGAUUACUGAUAGAUUUGUUUGAAAAGGUUAUCAUCUGCUGACAUUGUAGGAAUUGAGGUGAGACUAAGUAAGCUGCACAUCAAUUUGCUGUCAAAAAGAUGGAUUAUGAUGAAGCAUUUUAUUUAUUUCACACAGCAACUUUUUAUUAAAAAAAACAAACAACAAAUGUCAUUAAGGUGGCUAUUUGGUUAAUAUAAUUGUGUCCUCUGUGGAGUGUUGUUGACCCAGGUAUGUUAUUCAGUAUCCAUUAACACAUGUUUUUGGUGCACUGUAUCUCAUAGCAACUGUCAACAGUUAUAUAUUUUUUUUUUUAAACUACUGGAGCACAGCAGAGGAAGUGAUAUUUUUUUCAAGUAGCUGGUCUUCUGGAGAGGGAAUGUGGCAAUAGACCGAUAUAUUUCUGCAAAAAUACCCCAUUUGUAGCUUAUAGUCCCUGGCCCUUUCCAUGUUUUUACAAAAAGUGUACAAUUAUGUUAUAGGAAUCGUAUGCAAUGGAGUAUCACUAAUGAACAAUUAAGUGCAGGAACUUUUUGAAUAUGCUUAACAAAUGUUUCAUGGCUGUAUUCCAGACCUUGAUUAGCACUUAUCUUAGAAUAUCUAAUGCUACUUUGGGUAAGGUAGUCUAAGAUUAGUGCCAAGCAGUGUUUGUGAAACCAGCUGUCGGAGAAUAUAGUCAAGAGACGUCUUUUGUGUCACAACAGGUCCCUGUUUCCCCAACACUGCUUAACGCAGUGCUGUUUUGCUGGGGAUUUGUGCUCUACCUGAUUUUCGGUUGCAUAAAUUGUUUUUUUAUUGUUUCAUUACACAGGUAGAAAAAGUGUGAAGGUCUUGCUGUACUAUCAGUUGUAUUGCGUCUAGUAUGUACAAUAAUGAGGCAGACUCGUCAAUAUUUUAUAUUUUGAUAAUCAAUUAAGUAGUUCCCAACUACAGUCAAUUCUUGUUAAAACUCAGAUUAGACACAUUUCAUGAUGCUAUGAGUUUUCUACAUAGUCCCUGCCAAAUUUAGCAGUCACUUAUGUAAAUGAUUUCUAAUAUGAAUUCACUUAACAUGAAUUUCCUGGUUGUGCAAAUUAUUUUGGAGCUCCCCCCCAUGAAGAAAAAUAUGAAUAAAACGAGCCCCUCUAGUUCAAAGGAUAUUGGGGAAUGUAUUGACUUGCAUCCAGAUCAGUGCCUCUGUUCUGGAUUGUAGUGCUGUUUACUGAUCCUAGGACACAUUUAGAGUUGCCACAGCGCUCACACACCAGUGUCAUUUCCAUGUAGCAGUGCAGACAUUGCACUAUCCUCACAGACAAAAGUGGAGGUGUGGAAAGCGGUGGAUGAGGCACCACCGUACAAGAGCAUGAAAGAUGUUGCUGCAGAUUCCAGCAUUCCUGCUAACGCUCUGUCAACCAAUCUGAAAAACCGAGGAACAAUAUAAUACAGACCUUUGAACUGUAAACUGAAUACAAGUCAGUAUCUGUAUCGCUCAGUAUCUGAUGUUGAGAACACCUUGCUCUUGUGGUUUGAAUGCCUGUGAUCAGAAUGGGACAAGCAGGUUUCUAGUGCAGUUCAUUUGCAAUACAUGCUUUUUAAAAGUUCACUUACAACUAUAUUUUUGAUAAAAUGCACAGUACUUUUAAAUGUAUAAUACUUUUCAUUGUUCUGUAAUUGAAAUUGAAUUCAAUUACUGUAACGUCAAUAAAAACUGACAGUAUUCAUUUGGCUUAGACUGCUAAUAAUACAAAUUAGUGAUAAAAUGUGGGUUUUUUUUGCUGGUCCCUUGAAAUUCUUAUUAACGGGAAUAGACUAUUUUAAUUAGUUGGCUUGCUUGUUUUCCCCAGAUGAAGGCUCUUUGUAAGAAGAGAAUGUCUGUUGAAUAAUCUCUUGUUUGAUCCCUGUUGUGAAGCUAAACACUACAGAUUACGCUAUGAAAAGAGCAUUAAUGUUUGAUUUUUGUAGUUUGGUAAUCCACAAUAUGAACGCUUAAGUUGUAAUGUCAACGUCUGUCUAUAUAAAACCAUGCAGAUUUGUAUCUCUCUGCUGGCAGACUAUGACAUGUCUCCUUUCAUUGCAUUACAAAGGCCCCCUUUAAUGCUUGUCUAUCCCCUCAUAACACUCCCACAUAUUUAAGUCUUGUAUUGUAGGCUUCAUUUUAUAAUUAUUUAAUACUGUGAAUGCAUCAUUGGAAAUGGAAGUAGCAUAAUUGUGAGGAUUGCUACAAUAUUUCAUAGUUACACUAUUCCUGGGUUACCGUGAUAUGACUUUACAAUAGGGGUGUUAGAUUCCGUUGAAUUUCCUAAACUUUUAAAAUAUAAGAUUAAGCAUGCUUAAAUGUUUAAACUUUAACGUGUUUGGAAUAUAGGGGUGUGAUGAUUCUUGUAUUUUUCCAAGUAAUUACCUUUAAGAAGUUUUUGUCGGCUGGUAUUAAAUAAAUCAAAACACACCUAUUUAUUCAUGUGUUGAUUUCAAAACAAGAAAAGCCGUCCUUCCCUCACCUUUACAAUGUAGUACCAAUCAAUAGCAAUUAAAGAAACUUCCGCAUUGAAUGUUUUAAAAUCCGAAUGUAAGCAAAUUUCUCUCUCAGUACGUUGCAAAACUAGCAAAUGCAACUAACAAGAAAGCAACUUGUAAAGAAAGUGAAAAAAAAGAUUUCAUAUCAAAAGGAUAAAGGAAAGGUAAGACAAAUAAUCGCUUAGAAAAUAUACAGUAAAUUAGUUUGUUAGAUUGAUCACGACAGGUUCUAUAUUAACACUCAGAUUGUUAUUGAUUGAGAUCAAUAACUGUGUUAACAAGGGAAACCGAGAGGCCGCAUUGUUUUGCGUUGAGUAAUUGCUACAUUUUAUUCAAUUUAAUGAAUACAUAGAAACUUAAAAUUUCUUAAAUGCAAUUACUUAGAAAAUACUGAGUAUUGGCACACCCCUAUUGAAAUGUUGGUAGCCACUCAGAUAACCCAUAACAAGAAGGAUUACAAGUAUAUUUUCAAAAAGUUACAAUAUUAAUGUGUAAGAGACCAUGUGUAUGCAACAGUAAUGUAUAUAUGGAAUAGAUUAUACAAAAAUCUGAUAAUGUUUACAUGUUUUAACAAAAUUGGUAACAUUUAAUGCUCAUUCAUGUUUUGAGGUUGUGCAAUAACCAUUUGCAACAACAGAGCAUCUUGUCUUGCAUGAAAACUACAAGAAACAUAUAUAUCCUAUUAACAAUAAUUUCAAAUGGAAGUCUUUCUCUGAGCUUUUUUUGUGUGUCAGUAAGAUGAUGAUGAUGAUAGUUGUUCUAAUUUUCCCUGGAAAUUGACACAUUUUUCAUAUGUUUUAAUGAAGUCACAAAAGCUUAGACCCCUACAUACCCCACCCAGCAUUCUAAUUCUAGAAAAAGAAUGUGGAAUUCUGUAUCCCAAAAGUCCUCGGAAACAAUGAAACUUCAUGCAGAACUUUACAACGGUCAUGUAUGUGGGCAGUUUUGAUUUGGUGACGCUGUAUUUGACUCUUUGUUUGAAGAUGAAGACAUUGAAUAACUUCUGGUCGAUAUGUUUGUCUUUUGAAUUUAUUUAGUUUAUUUUAAUAUUUUAGUUUUAUAGCUAUGGAUCAAGCCUCUCAAUUAAUUAUUUCCCCACACAAGGCACCUUUUCUCUUCCAAACAGUGGUCACAGAAAUGUGUUUCAGUUAAUGUACCUGUAGCAUCACGUUGCGUCGGCAAACGCAGAGCAUGACAUUUUUUUAAAAGACAGCCUGGUGUUUUCCAAUUAAAUACAUAUUAUAACAGUGCAAAGAAUGUGUUUUGCAAAGAGGGGGAUGAACUAAAGAGAAUACAUUCUGAAUUCAAUAGGAACAGAUGGUCAGGCAGAUUUAGACAUUUAUUAAUAUGCAAAUAUCAGGACAAUAUUUCGGAGUAUGGCUAGCUGUGUAAAUUCAGCAGCAUAAGCAGGGCCAGGAAAUCAAGUCUGAUAACCCUUGUGAGUCUGCAGAUGGAUUUUGGUCUCAAAAAGCUUGUUUUUGCAGUCCAAGGCGGCUUGGCUUAUCUCAUUAGGCUUUCUCAGUUUUGCACCUGCACUUUUAUCUAGGAUAUUGAACAUCCAAUGACAAGUUUUAAAGUUUAAAUUUGAAAGCAAGAUUAUGAAAUAUUCACUUAAUAUACAUGUUAUUUAAUUACUGUACUCAAUUCUAAUGCAUGAUUCGUAAUAUAACAAGAAAUACAGCUGUAAACUAUUAGAAUAAUAAUAAUAAUAAUAAAUCAUAUCAAAGACUUGGAGUUGAUGUCAGUAAUACCCAAUUGCAUGUAAACUAUUCAAUGUCGGGGUCAUGACUGCUUGUAUGGGCAUGGUGAGAGGUGAUUAUGGACAAUUUGGCUGCUGGUCCCACCUGUUAAGGGGAGAAGAAGCCACCGGCCUCUGAAAGAGGAACUGAUCUGAUGAUGCCAGAUAAGCAGGGUGGACUGUGACAAAGCUACACCCUUCAACCCCCCUGUCAAGGGGACUGCCUGCAUUGAGGUGGAAGGUGGGGAGGUGGAGGGUAGGAUUGCGUAGCAUACGAGGAAGUGAUCUAAUGAGGCAAUUAUUCUAUAAUCCUAAAGGGACAGCAAUCGUUUAAUAAUCCCUCCUCUGAAUUUCAUCCUAAGAUUCUGAUAGUUAUGGGGCAACAACAUUAGCAAUGCUGUUUGCUCUGGACCAUACUAUUUGUAUUAGUUUUGUGAACUAUACUUUUACUGUACAGUAGGGCCUACCUUUUCUUAGUUCAAUACACAGAAAAUGUGAAAAUGGUGAAGGGCAAAUAUUAAAAACUAUUAUAUCAAAGCUUUGGUUGGAGCGGCUAUCCACUAUUUUGGGUUGUAAACCUGACAAGUGGUAUUUAAAUGGAGAUGUAUUUGGAAUCUGAAGCAGAAAUGUAAUUGCUUUGUGGCCAAUUAAACACAUUGGUCUCCAGAUAAUGAGCCUCCCUGCUGUCAGCUUACCACAAAAUGUAUAUUAUGAACUGUGCAUGAUAAACUGGCAUUGCUGCAUUAAACAAAUAUAUACCUUCUGAA